AUGACCAGCAACACGACCAGCAACACGACCAGCAACACGACCAGCAACACAACAGGCAACACGACCAGCAACACGACCAGCAACACGACCAGAAACACGACCAGAAACACAACCAGCAACACAACCAGAAACACAACCAGCAACACGACCAGCAACCCAACAGGCAACACAACCAGCAACACGACCAGCAACACGACCAGCAACACAACCAGCAACACAACAGGCAACACGACCAGCAACACAACAGGCAACACGACCAGCAACAUGACCAGCAACACGACCAGCAACACAACCAGCAACACAACCAGCAACACAACAGGCAACACGACCAGCAACACGACCAGCAACACGACCAGCAACACAACCAGCAACACAACAGGCAACACGACCAGCAACACAACAGGCAACACGACCAGCAACAUGACCAGCAACACGACCAGCAACACGACCAGCAACACGACCAGCAACACAACCAGCAACAUGACCAGCAACACGACCAGCAACGCAACCAGCAACGCAACCAGAAACGUCACCAUCGUGGGCUGUAAAUAA